AUGGGCUUCAUCACAUCCAUGGCCCGCCGCAUGCGCAACAACAAGCUCUCGCGCCGCCUCUCAAGCACCCAACCACGACGGGGCGACGAGUCCAAGGAUCUGAUCAAAAGCAAUUCCGAGACCGUGUCGUUCGCCCAAGCAGAGAGCAUCGAGUCCACGUCGACGAUCGUGCACCACUCGUCGCACGACGUGGUCCAGCCGUCGGAGUUGCCGGCACGGAAGAGAUUACAGGGAGGCGAUGUGAAGAUCCAGACACUCUUCGACGGGAUCCAGACACCGGAUUCGGUGUCAAGUCGGACGGCGAAGACACUUUCGAGGCCCGAGUAUCCGAUUCUGAAGCUGGAUACGGUGCAUUCGCCGCAUGAUACACCGACCAAGAAACUACAGGGUCCGAUUGAAACUGAGGAAAAGUUGAAGGAGAAGGAUGGGGAGAACAAGGGGUCAUCGACUGGUUCGGGUUGUUCUGAGAAAGAAAACCAAGAUGGGAAUGAGAAGGAGAAGAAGCCGUCGCAAGUGAAAAAAGGGUCUGCGGCCAAGAACAGGAGAUCGAUGACUGCCAUGCUUAGGGAUCGCUGCAGUGUGAAGAUGCCGCGGUCUUCACUUUCGCUGAAGUCAUUGCGUAGCCCAUCUUCACCGAAAUGGCUCGAUGGCCAUGUUAUUACCGAAGACGAGAGUCCUGUGGAGGAAAUGUCUCAUCGGAAAUGGGGGGAUAAGCAUAGUCGCAAAGAUUGGGGUAGGGGGAUGGGCGUGUGGGGGGUUGGGUUGAUGGGAAGGGCAAUGUAA